CGAGCCCGAGUUCCUUUCCAACCCUUCAGUUCAUCCUUCUCCUUUACCUUUGCAAGGUAUUUUUCUUUUUCUUCUGAUAAUUUAAUUGGUACUUCAUCUUCUUGCUUAUCUGUAGAUGCCCAUUUCCCCAUUCGAUUAGCAAAUCUUAUAAAAUUAUUUUCUUCCUUCUUUUUUUCCUCAAUAUUUUUAUGAUUUUUAUUUUUUUCUUCCUCUAAUUCUUUUCUCUCUUUAGCCAAGCGGUCCUGGAUUUUGCCAUGAAAUUGAUCAGCCUUUUUCAAGACAUUGUUCCAAAUAUCUUUAUGUUUCAGCAGAAUAUCUUCUUCAUAUUUGGAUCUUACUCGUCUCAAUUGGGCUGCCAUUUCCCAAUCAACUUCAUCUUCCUCCUCAGUUUUCUUUCCAAUAUUCUUUUCGUCUUUGCUUUUAUCCUUGAUUUUCUUUUCAACCUUUUCUUCCUUCUUCUUUCUCUUUUCGUCAUUUUUACUAGUUAGUUUUUCUUCUUCUUUUCUUCCUCUUUUUCUCGAUUCAACAUUCUUACCGCUCUUUUCCUUUCGCUCUUUUUUAUCACUUUUAAACUUCUUUUUCUUUUCUUUGGACAUCGGCAUUAGUGGUUCAUAUUCUUUAUCCUGAGUAUCCUCCUCACUGGAGAUUUGUUCGAAAUGUUGAGGCAAUUUUUCAAUAGUAUUAUUAUCGUUGUCUAUAAUAAUAUCCUCACUAAUAAUAGAAUUGUCAGAUUGUGACAUCUGUAAAUUGUUAAAUAUUAUAUCUCCAUUAUUAAUUUCAUUAUUGUUAGUGGUGUUAUUAGUAUUUGUUUAUGUUAUAU